CUGUCUCCUGACCCACACGCAGCCGAGGGGGCUAGUACCUCGUCGUCAUCUGCCAGGCCCGUAAUCUGCCAUGGGCCCCCGUACCGACUCCUCAUGCUGCUGCCAGGCCUGUAAUCUGCCAUGGGCCCCUGUACCGCCUCCUCAUGCUGCUGCCAGGUCCAGAGUCUCUCAUGGGUCCCUGUACGGCCUCCCAUUGCUGCUGUCUCCAUCGCCACACUCUGCCAUGUGCCACUUUCAGGUCUCCUCACACUGCUGGUGUGUUCCAUUUUGUCAUAGGGUGCUGGCAGAUUACGGGCCUCCCAUUGCUGCUGCCAGGCCCGUAAUCUGCCAUGGGCCCCCGUACCGACUCUUCAUGCUGUGACAUUGCAUCAAGGUGGAAUUCAACCCUACAUAUGUUAACCGCCUUUA